GCGCAGGGAAUGUCGUCGUCAGUUCUGCACGGGGUCUGCAAAUCGAUAAGGCUCGGAGUUUCGGAGGCUAAACUCCGUGUGCGCCCCAUCCGACAUCGCCUUUCGGAGGAACAAUCUCUCCAUUGGAAGACACGCUGAGAAUACAACGGUACACGGUAGUGGAAGUUAAUGGUGUCACGGUCGGAUGGUUAUUCGAUGCCCCGAUCGUUUCCUGGCGCGGCGCUGAGUGUUCUUGUCCAAAAUCGUGGGCAUGAAAGAGGUUGGUGCCUAAGGCGCUAAAGAAUCUUGUCUCAAAACUUUAUCUCGACCUCAGGAAAGACGACAUCUGAACGUAUACCAGCACGUGAAGUGCGGCUGGGAAUAGACAUUGCAGUCUGAUACGAUGGUACACGCCGACUCCUCCACCUUCCGCGAAGGCGUCGACAAAAGAGAAGCAUACGAGCAAGUCCUCGAGCAAGCGAAAGCGCUAUUCGAAGGCCAACGGAAUUGGGCAAAAACCAGCAACACGUCCAACACCGCCUCCCUCCUCUGGCACGCCCUGCACGCCCUUCCCGGCGCCAGCGCGCAAACAAACUGGGCAGGCUUCUACGUGCUCGACGCCCGCAACCCCGCCCAGCUCAUCCUAGGCCCCUUCCAGGGUAAAGUAGCCUGCCAGACGAUCGCAUUCGGGAAAGGCGUGUGCGGCGCGGCGGCGCAGAGUCGAAGGACGCAGUUGGUGCCGGAUGUGGAGAAGUUCCCCGGGCAUAUUGCGUGUGAUGGGGCGUCGAGGAGUGAGAUUGUUGUGCCGGUUCUGAAGCGGGGGAAGGUUGUGGCGAUUAUUGAUAUCGAUUGCGCGGUGGAGAAUGGGUUUGACGAAGACGAUCAGAAGCAAUUAGAGGCGCUUGCGGAACUGCUCGCCGAGGCUUGCGAUUGGUAGAAGAAGCAAUGGAGAGGUUGCAUGCCUUCACGAUCAGUGUUGCGGUUUGAGAUGUGAAUACCUAUCUGCGACAAUGCAUAUAGAGAAUGUAGAGGCGCUCAACAGCCAUCAUCAGAAUCCCCAUCAAGGGGACC